UGAGGUUUAAUCAGUGUAUAAAACGUGCUCGACAUCAAAAGACGUUUCCAAAUAUAUUCAGCGAUUAUAAAUCCAGUAACUGCGUCACUAAGAAUGGUUUUGAGUAAACAUUUUAUGAUUUGUAUAUUAUUAGCUUUGCUAAAGAAAGCCGCUUGUGAAAAUUCCGUAGAUUAUUCGAAUAAUGUCAUUAACGCUACAACAAGGCGACCUACGCACAUACCUAGUACCUCGAAUUUUACUGUCACAAUCUCAUCACUAAGUAGUAUAUUUCCAGAUACUGAUGAGAAAAAUGAGAUUGAGACUACCACAAAAUUAGAUAAAAAAAUUAGAAAAAUAAUCAACAAUAGUUUAAAUUCUACAGAUAAUUUAAACAGUAAAAGUAGGCAUACUACAAAAGCAGAAAUAGAUAUUACACUAACAACUAAUGCAGACAAAAAUUCAGAAAAUAUUGGCAUUGCCAAGAAAUCCACAAGUAAUCGGAAUAUUUUUGAUAAUUUGAAUAAUGCUGAAACAACUUUGACAACAAUAUCUGACGAAAUUACCACUAAUUCUACACAAAAAAUAACCAAAAAUUCAACAACAACAACUAAAUUUAGAGUUGAAUGCGAUAUCGAAAUGAAUAACGGAGAUCCCAAAUCGGUUCGUACAGAUAUUUGUGGAUGUGCUGAAGGCUACGAAAUUCUUGAAUAUGAUGAAUUUCAAAACAAAAUAAAUAAAACUUGCGUUGAAGUAUUGCCAGAAACGACAACGAAAAACGAAGAAAUGAAAACGAUGGUUAGUUCGGAAGAGCAAAAAGAGAUAAAGACGCCAUUACUAUACUCAAAUGAUAAUAGAAAUAAUUCCCUUUCAAAAAUACAUGUCACAACUCAAGCAGAUGUCAAUAACCACAACACUCGGUUUGCAGUAAUGGCCACAACUAGUGUAGGUCCACCUGAUAACCGGCUAGAUGAUAGUAACGCCACUACGAAACCGGCAAUGCCAAACAUUGCUACAACUCUCUCAGCUGAAGAUCGCUUAAGAAAUAUCAGUGAUCACAGUACUGAAUCAAAUACACUCGCUUACCAAAAGGUCUCAUACGAACAAGUGAUAACAAGUUCCAGACGGUACAUAACAUUAUUAUCUCUAACAAGGAGAAAGGAAAAAUUGCGUACCAAUGGUUCUCAAAUGACGUAUUAUAUAAUAGGAAGUGCGCUGGUUGCAUCAAUUUCAAUUGCUUCAGGAAUACUUUUCUUAAGGAAUUUGCGAAGAACUUCUUAUUAUGAAAUUUAGCAUUCUGUUUAGGAAUGUUACGUUGUUAUAAAGAAAGUAGAAUAAAGAAUUUAUUGAUUCUUAUUGAACUAAAAAUAUGUAAAAAGCUUUUAUGAUUAUUUGAAGUAACGAAAUCAAUUCAAAAUCUCAUCAAUCCGCCAAAUGCCGAAUAUUUUGAUGCAUGCAGUUAUAUUCUUAUAAUAUUUUGUGUGUUUAUGUCUUCCGAUUUGCUUAUAUAAUAUGGGGUUUCCCAAUAGGAAUGAUAUGCUUUCUAAGUGUCUUUCAGCCAUUUAUAACAAGUCAUGAUUUGUAUUUUUUUUUCGAUAUAUUCAGUAAUGUUUACGAUUUCUUCAUGGAAAGUUAAACCCAAGAGAAGAGUUUACCAAUUUUAAAUUUUAUUAUCAAAAUAACCAUUCUCCAAUUGGAACUUUUUCGUGCGGUUUUGCAUUUUAUGGUCGUAACAAUCGUCCACCUGUGCUCGCUAUUCGUCGAAUUGUGUAAAUUUCGAGCGCUCAUUUUUUACAUAAUCGUCAGGUGUAAAAAAUACAAAGAACCACUCGAAGAUUCCAAUAAGUUGUCAUGAAUAAGAACUGUCUCAAACCACAACCUGGCGGAUUUUGAGAAAAUAUUUGGGUAAUGCAUCCAUAUACAUUUUUCCCAACUUGAAAGCGAUAACGUUUUUAUCAAAAUCAUAGUCUCCCGUGAAACUUACUUUCAUCUGAAUGGUGUUGUAAAUAAAAACGGCCAAUUCUGGUGCUAAGAAACUUCACAAAUUUUUCACGAACAACCAUCACUUUUUCCUAAAUUGAGAGUUUGUUGUGGUUUUUAGUCUAACCAUUAGACUACGUCUUGUGAUGAUAUUUGAAGUCAUUGGCCUUUAGCAAUAAGCCAGCUUUUCUUCAAGUUUUAGAAGGACAUACGACUUGAUUUAGGGGAAUAGGUACUCGAAAAUUGGGUUCAACCAAUACGUUCCUACUAAAUAAGCCAUUUGAACGAUUUUAUAUUCGAAACUUAAUUAUACCGAUUGUAUUCUGUAUAUUGGACGGUUUGAAAAGUUAAAAAAACUUAACCUUCAUUCGCGUCUUUAUCAUACAAUAGUCGGAAAGUAUACUUUAUGUAUAAUAUUUAUCGAUUCUCUCCGUUCGUUUUAAUUAUACUCUUGUAAUUUUCCUUCAAGGGUUGUACGAAUUGUAAUACCUUAACAUAACCACAAGAGAUAAAAGUUUUUACUUUUUUGUUAUUUUUUUAUAUUUUUUAUUAAGACACAGUCAAAACAAAAACUAUUACUUUACUAUAAGAAAUUAUUAAAACAGUUAAAAUACAAAAUUUUUAUAAUCUAUAAUUUUAUAACACUUCCUUGGUUUAUGUUAUUUGACAGAUUCAAAAACAAAAAUCAGACAUUGAAACGAAUUGUGUAAAGUAGUACUAUGAAGAAUUAUUUUAUUUUGAUGAACAAUUUUAAUAAAGCUAUUUUGUGAGAUUUGUUUUUAUAAAAUGGAGAUAUCUGAUCUAUUGAUCCGUAUAAUUUUGUUAAACUGAAACAGUUGCGUUCGAGCUCAACUAGAUUGGAUGUAAAAGACGACUUAUUUAUAAAAGAAAAAUAUAUUUUAGAUAUCUCCAAUUAUUUCCAGAGGAUAUGGCUCUUUCUUAACCCAUGAAUUUUCAUGCUAAUAAAACAUACAUAUAUAUAUGUUUGUACAGUAUAACUUUAUGUAAUAAAUACAAACUAAAUCUUAAGAUUUAUAUGAAUACGAAAUUCCAUAUAAGUAUGCACUAGUGUACACAUGUAUAUACAUAUACACUAUUAUA